UGCUUUAAAGAGGAGUCUCUAUCCUUCUGCUUUGCUAAGCAACUCACUCGAGGGAUCAGCUUGUUCUCAUCCCAUGUUUCUUUAGUUUUCUUUCAGUAAACCACACCUUUACCUUGAUAUUGAGCGGAUAGUUUGGGGGCAUUGAGGCAGAUAUGGCCAGCAGGACUACUCUUGGUGGUACUGUUAUUCUCGCUCUCAUUCAUUUAUUACCUGAAUUUACAUCCGUCCAAGCUAAUGAACCUCAUCCCCAUUCCAGCAACUUCUCAAAAAGUUGCAGUGAGAUUGAAAAGAAAGCACUUCUCAAGUUCAAAGAGGAUCUUACAGAUCCUUCGGACCGGUUAUCUUCUUGGAUUGGUGAGGACUGCUGCAAAUGGUCAGGUGUUGGUUGCAACAAGAAGACAGGGCGUGUCACGAAGCUUGAUCUCAGAAACCCAUACGACCAGAUUUUCUUUCAGGAUUUCAGUCCUUUACCCACUUUUGAUUCAAGAUUGGGCGGUAAGCUAAAUCCUUCAUUGCUUGAAUUGAAAUAUUUAGAUUACUUGGACCUAAGCUUGAACAAUUUUGAAAACACUUCAAUACCAAAGUUGAUCGGUUCACUCAAGAAGUUGACUUACCUUAAUCUCUCUCUGUCCUCCUUUGUUGGAUUGAUUCCCCCUCAUCUUGGAAAUCUGUCAAACUUGCGUUUUCUUGAUCUUCAAGCAUCUUCAGGUUUUGACUAUUAUCCCCCAAACAUUUGGGUUUCUGAUUUGAAUUGGAUAUCCAAAAUUUCUUCAUUGAAGUACCUAAAUCUAGGCUACGUGAACCUGAGUUUGGCAUCGACCAGUUGGUUGCAAGCUGUUAAUAAGCUUCCUUCUCUGGAGGAGUUGCAUUUCCCUAGCUGCGACCUCAAAACCUUUCCCCUUUCUCUUCCAGUUGUUAACUUCAGUUCCAUUCUGGUCGUCAACCUUGAACAAAAUAAUUUCGGUUCAUCAAUGCCUCGUUGGUUGUUUAACAUGUGUACCCUUGUAAGCCUAAACUUGGGGUACAAUGGAAUCAGCGACUCUUUGAAUGACAUUGAUUGGAGACAUCUUUGUAACUUGCGGGCUUUAGAUCUAUCGGUAAAUAAGAUUAAUGGUGAAUUGAACAGAUUUGUCGAUAGUUUAUCGAAAUGUGGUAAUAUUGCUUUGGAAACGUUGUACUUAUAUUCUAAUAAUGUGGGAGGACAACUACCUGAGUCCUUGCGACAUCUUAAACAUUUGCGAAGUCUCCUAGUCAGCAGUAAUUCUUUCUCAGGUUCACUUCCAGCAUCUAUUGGGAACUUGUCAUGUUUGGAGGAAUUGGACGUCUCUACCAACAACUUAAAUGGAUUUGUUCCUGAAAGUAUUGGACAACUAAGUAAGUUGGUGAGAUUGUUUCUUGGCAGUAAUUACUGGGGAGGUGUCUUAUCUGAGACUCAUUUCCUCCGCCUAAAAGCCUUGAAAUACUUUACCAUAUCAUCUGAAAACCAGUCCUUGGAAUUUGAUGUGAGACCGAAGAAGUGGGUUCCGCCUUUUAGUCUGAAAGCAAUCUCCAUCAGUAAAUAUCGAAUAGGUCCAGAGUUUCCCGCAUGGCUCCAAACCCAGAAGGAACUGGAGUCUCUAAUCCUCGCGGCAGCAGCUAUUUCAGAUGAAAUUCCUGAUUGGUUUUGGCAAUUAAGUCCACAGCUUGGAUAUUUGGAUCUCUGUAACAACAAAUUGAGAGGAAAGCUUCCCAGAUCUUUAAAAUUUGCACCCGAUGCGUUUCGUGUGGUUGUGGACCUAAGUUCCAACCAAUUCGAGGGCCUACUUCCACUCUGUUCUAAUGUCAAUAUCCUCUCUUUGAGGAAAAACUUGUUUUCAGGACCUAUUCCAAAGGACAUUGGUCUACAAAUGCAAAUGCUAGAAUCUUUGGAUCUUUCUGAGAACUCUCUUAAUGGUAGUAUCCCUUCAUCCAUAAGUAAGUUAGAAAACUUGCAAAUUAUGUCUCUUUCAAACAAUCAACUUACUGGAAAGAUACCUCAAUGGGAGAGUUCAGAAUUUUUGUGGGCCAUAGAUCUCUCAAACAACAAUCUUUCCGGUAGCAUUCCAAGCUCAAUUUGCUCACUGCCUUGGCUUUACACAUUGAAGUUGAGCGGUAAUAAUCUUUCUGGAGAGCUCUCAUCUUUACAGAAUUGCCAGAAUCUGUCUGAACUUAGUCUUGCAAAUAAUCAAUUUUCUGGAGACAUCCCAAGAUGGAUGGGGGAAGUGCUACCAUUCUUGUCAAUACUAAGUCUACGAGGCAAUAUGUUUAGUGGAAAGAUUCCUGAAAAUUUGUGUGAUCUCGUUGAUCUCCAUAUCCUGGACCUUGGGCGUAACAAUCUAUCCGGACAAAUCCCACCAUGUUUAGGCAAUUUAAGGGGCUUGCGUAACUUGGCUUCUUAUACUCCUUUUAAGCCCGGUGACCGUCCUGUCUACUUGGAUGAAAUGGAGUUCUAUGUUAAAGGAAGGAUACUUAAAUUCACCUUGAUUCUUGAUCUCGUGAACAUCAUAGACCUGUCAAGAAAUAAUCUACAAGGUGAAAUCCCAAAAGGAAUAGCAAGCCUCUCAACCUUAGGUACGUUAAAUUUAUCCAGGAACCAAUUGACAGGAAAGAUACCAGAAAAUAUCGGAAGCUUGCAACAGUUAGAAACUCUUGACCUCUCAUGCAACCAUCUUUCAGGCCCAAUCCCUGCAAGUAUGUCAUCCAUGACAUCAUUGAACCAUUUGAACUUAUCUUACAAUGACUUGUCUGGCCAAAUCCCUUCUGUCAACCAGUUCCAAACCUUGAACGACCCUUCCAUUUAUGAGGGAAACGGGAAACUUUGCGGGCCUCCAUUACGAACCAAUUGCUCAACACCCACCAGCGAUAACCAUCCCACUAAAGAUCAAGAUGAUGAUACGCCUGCAAUGCUCUGGUUCUACAUAGCAAUGGCAGUGGGAUUUAUAGUGGGAUUUUGGGCUGUGUGUGGUACUUUGAUCAUCAAAAAGUCUUGGAGACAUGCCUACUUCCGGUUCGUGGAUGAAAUGAUAGAUAGAAUUUACGUUAGCUAUGCAGUGAAUGUGGCACCCUUGCUGAAGAAAUUGAGGGGAAAAAGGAACUAGGAUCCCCUGUGAGGAGGUAGCAUCUUUCACUUAUGGUGGAUUUUUUCUAGUUUAAAUAUAUUUGUAGCAAAAGUGUUGAGAUUUCUAUUUGGAUUUUUUCCACAUCAUGUAAAAUUUCAUUAGCUUAAAUAUUUUAAUUCAAGUAUUGUAAUUUUCGACUAUCAUUUGAGA